AUCAUAUUUAUACUCCAUAUUGUGAGAGACAGCCCAAAUCUCAGUCAUAAUGCUCUUGAACCUUGAAAAGCAAUUCAGAUUUUAUGGCUCAUAUCACCAUAACCCUGUCAAUGUUGUAAUUCACAUUAUUUGUGUUCCCGUCAUAAUGCUUUGUAUGCUGCUCCUGGGGACUCUUGCACAGCCUUUGUUCCCUGUCCCAGAAGCUGUCGCUAUUGAGAGUUUCCCCCCAAACCUUGCCACUGUUGCCGGUGUUGUUUAUACCAUUUUAUACAUCCUGAUGGAGCCGGUAGCCGGUGCUCUUCUUGCGCCGCUCCUCCUGGCGGGUACUGCAUUCGUAAACCAUCUCAGCAGCACCCACGGGAAUACAGCGAUUUAUUGGUCUCUCGCCGUUCAGGCCGUAGCAUGGAUUGCCCAAUUCGUAGGGCACGGAGUCUUUGAAGGGCGCGCCCCAGCUUUACUUGACAAUCUCGUUCAAGCGUUCUUCCUUGCUCCAUUCUUUGUCUGGCUUGAGGUCCUCUUUUCUCUUGGGUAUCGCCCGGCAUUGAAAGCCCGUAUUGAUAAAGCAGUGGAAGUGGAAGUGGCUAGGUUUAACAUAUCGAAAAAAGGACUUUCUCCCAAGGCGCCGCAAAAAUAACUAUUUGUAUCGGCAACUACUCACAUUUGACACCUCCCAAGCGUUCGGGUUAGCAUGCGACGUGGAACGCUUGCUGAGUAUUAUGUUCCACAUACUCCGUAUUGAGUAUUCAAAUUAAACCAUGCCGCCUUUGCGUCAUUUUACAUUCUUUGACAGCUAUCGUGGUUACUGCUCUCCCUCAAAAAGGAUUCUUCGCUCGAUCAUC